AUGGCAGAUAUUAUUGCAAAAAACAAACGUACCACAACAAAACGUUCAUUAACUCAUUUCAAAAAUUAUUUUGAAGCCCUAAAGGCACAAGAUGACUUAGAAAUUAAUAUUAUUGAGUUGGAAACUCGCCUAGAAAAUGCUUUGAAGUUUCUUGACGAUUUUAAUACUGCCCAAUCAGAAAUCGAAUCGGAAGAUGGUGAUUAUGACACCAAUAUUAAUACUGUUCAUGAAAAAGAGCGCUUAGAUUUUGAAAAGGCAUAUUAUAAUUUAACAUCGGAAGUUAAGAAAUUUAUUUUUGAUAAAUCUGCAGCUUCCGCAGAUGCAGAUAGAUCUAGCGCUCAUACGAAUAAUAGCAACAACAGUAAUAGAUCAGGGACCCUAUGUUUGAGUUCAUUCGACUCAAUAUCGCAUGCGAUUUUUGUAAUUUAUCGAAGGAUAGACCAAAAUUGA